GCUUUAUUAAUGGCGAUGCCAUCGACGACUACGGACGUGUGAAGAGCGAAUAAAGAAAAAUUAAUUUUUGUAACGAAACGUUUGCCAGCUGCCAAGUGACGACCCGGGCGGAGUGUUUUAUUGAAGAAAAAGUGGAAAAAAAGUGCCGAAAAGUGUCGAUCAAAUUAAUUAAUUGGCCGCAGUGAAGUUAAUUGUUGUUGGUGGUCAAUCGUAACAAAUAAAUUUGGUGAAUGUGAUGUCGGAAACGGCUAUAUCGUCAGGAAAAUCGUCAGCACAUCGCCGUCAAUUGCGUGAACGCAAACAGCGCAAAUUAUACGCAGAGGAAUAUGCACUGGGUGAUGACGAACAUGAAGGGGUGCGAGGCUUUAGUGUUGCCGAGAAAUUGGAAUCCGAUCGUUUCGCGCAGAGCGGUAUGGUUCGUGAAAUGAUUGGAUCAGAUUUGACUGUCGGGUUCGUGCAACAGUAUGGCUUCAAUAUCCCACUAUUGUUCAAAGACAAGGCUGGUCUCGGUAUCAGAGUCCCAUCACCGAAUUUCUCCGUAAAAGAUGUACGAAUGUGUGUAGGAUCGAAGCGUAAACUGGACGUGAUGGACGUGAACACACAGAAAAAUACCACAAUGACGAUGAAAGAAUGGCAAGAGUACUAUGACAAUCCGCACAAGGACAAGUUGCAGAAUGUCAUUUCGUUGGAAUUUUCGCACACCCGGCUGGACAAUUAUAUUGAAAGUCCGGCACUGGUGCGAAUGAUCGAUUGGUGUGACGUUGUGUGGCCGAGUCACUUGAAAGAGGCACAGACCGAAGAAACGAACGUUUUGGAUCGCAUGAUGUAUCCGAAAGUGCAAAAAUACUGUUUGAUGUCGGUGAAAAAUUGCUUCACCGAUUUCCAUAUAGACUUUGGCGGUACGUCGGUCUGGUACCACAUAUUAAAGGGCAGCAAAGUGUUCUGGUUGAUACCGCCGACCGAGAAAAAUUUGGUGCUCUUCGAGAAGUGGGUUCUAUCCGGAAAGCAGUCGGAUAUCUUCUUCGGCGAUACGGUGGAGAAGUGUGCCCGUGUUUAUCUGACCGCCGGCAACACGUUUUUCAUACCGAGUGGAUGGAUUCAUGCAGUUUAUACGCCAACAGAUUCGCUCGUAUUUGGAGGCAAUUUCUUGCAUUCGUUUGGUAUUGUAAAGCAGUUGAAAAUUGCUCAGGUCGAAGAUACAACCAAAGUUCCACAGAAAUUCCGGUACCCAUUCUUCACCGAAAUGCUUUGGUAUGUCCUGGCAAAGUAUGUCUACACGCUAUUGGGUCGUUCGCAUUUGGAAGGCGAACCAGAUCGUCAAAACGAAUUGAUCGAUACACCGCACGUACAUUUAACGCAUUACGAACUAUUUGGAUUGAAGGAAAUCGUGAUGUACUUGUACGAUCUGCCAUCACAAAAGAAAAACGUACCUGAACUCAUCAAAGAUCCCGUCGCACUGAUCAAAGACGUUCGAAAUUUAGUCGAGCGUCACUGUAAAGAUAGUCCCGAAGCAGCCAUAACCGGUCGAGCAAUACUUCAUCCCGACUUGAACAAAUCGUUUCAAAUACCUGAAGCUCAAUAUGACGACAAUCAAUCGUUAGCCGAUAACGACACUGGUUACGCCGUUGAAAGUUCAUCAGAUCAAUCCGGUUCUGGACAACAGUUCGUUACUCCGCACCAAUUACCAAAUAAGACUGGCCCGCGUGGACCAUACAAGAAACAUCAAGUGUCAUCAACAUCGCCAACGGGUCACAGUUUGGAUCGAUCAAAUCUGGCGAAUGCACCGAGACGUCGACGAACGAGAUGCAAGAUUUGUGAGGCUUGUCAGCGGUCUGAUUGUGGGGAGUGCAGUUUCUGCUUGGAUAUGGUGAAAUUUGGUGGUCCUGGACGUGCAAAACAGACGUGUAUGAUGCGCCAAUGUCUACAACCAAUGUUGCCUGUAACCGCACAGUGUGUGUUCUGUAAUCUGGACGGAUGGAAACAGACUCCCGUUUCUCCACAAGCAAAAUUACAAUCGUCACUGGAAGGACCAUCAUCUCUAAUGGAAUGUUCAGUUUGCUAUGAAAUUUCGCAUCCCGAAUGUGCACAGCAGAGCACACAGACGGCAUCCGGUGUCGUUAAUGAGGACUUGCCCAACAGCUGGGAAUGCCCAAAAUGUUGUGAUGCUGGGAAGAAUAACGACUAUAAGCCUCGACAUUUUCGCGCCAGGCAAAAGUCGUCAGAGAUUCGAAGAAUGUCAGUGAACAGCGAUGCUUCAUCAAUUCCAGACAAACUAUCUCCGUUAGGAGGUGGUGACAAUGGCGUUGGAAUGUCCAGCGACUCAGAAAUUGAUUCAAAAUCAAACAUUCGCAAGUUACUCGUCAACAGUCCGGCUCCCGUUAUGAAUCUCAUCAAGGUGGAAGUGAAACAGGAAAAUCUUAGUCCAACACCACCAGAAACUCCUACGCUCGAUGGCCAUACUAUCAUUAAACGGCGAAAGAGCGAUGACGGCAGCAUAAGCAGUAGCCUUCACGAAUCAGUUGAGAUUAUCGACUCGAAUGUUCCGCGAAAGAAAAGUACGCUACGCACUCAGCUAGCACAACAAAUCGUUGGUUCCACCACCAAAGUUUUAAAGAAACCAACGUACGUUGUGAGACCAGGCAAUGUUCCAAACACGUCAAGUUCUCCAGCAAUCAAUUACGCACUGGAUCCGACGUGUAUGCUAACCGUUUUUCGAUAUUUACCGUCUGAAACAUUGGUCACAUGUUCAAUGGUAUGCAAAACAUGGUCCACAUUAUCCGUCGAUCCGUCAUUGUGGAAGAAUAUGAACUGUUCACAUCAUAAACUGUCGAGCAGUUUGUUGGCUGCGAUUGUACGACGUCAACCUGAGUAUUUAGUUUUGGAUUGGACCGUUUUAGCUAAACGACAAUUGGCCUGGCUAAUUGCUCGAAUUCCAGCUCUAAAAACGUUAAGUAUGCAAGGCAUACCGAUCGCCGCUGUUUUAGGUUUGCACACAUGUCUGUGUCCCCCACUACAAUCGUUGGAUCUGAGCUUUGUCCGUGGACUGAACGAUUCAGCAAUCAGAGACAUUUUGUCGCCACCAAAAGACUCCCGACCAGGACUAACCGAUUCCAAAUCGAGGCUCCGGAACUUGAAGACCCUGAAACUCGCUGGUACAGACAUAUCGGAUGUGGCUUUGCGGUACAUAACACAAGGCGUUCCGUCGUUGACACACUUGGAUUUGUCGUCGUGUCAACGGGUCACCGAUGCUGGUGUGGCUCAAAUCGGCACUUGUCCCAGUGCGAUUAAUACGCUGGUCGAAUUGGACCUGAGCAGUUGCAAACUGGUGACCGAAUCGUGUUUAGAAUACUUAAGUAAAUGUGAGGCAUUAACGUGGCUCGACUUAAGGCAUGUUCCUCAGGUGUCCACGCAAGCUGUGAUAAAAUUUGCUGCUAAAUCGAAGCACAAUUUGCAGGUUAGAGAUGUUAAGUUAGUCGAUAAGAGGAAGGUUGACAAAUAAUGAAGUGGGAAAUUCGUAAGUGAAAUGAGCAGAGGAAAGUUAGGAAAGUUACCGCGCGCUUUUGAAUUUUUAUUUUGAAUUUUUUUUUGUUUUGUGUAAGACUUAUAAAAUUAUUACUUGACCACUUUUCGUGAUGACAAUAGCACAUUUUGAAUGUUUUUCUGGCGAAAUUUGUCGCACAAAAAUUUCGAGACACAGAACUGGUACCUUAGAAUGAACGGAAGGUGAAAUGUUUGCGAGAAUUUUUACCGAAAUUUAUGAAAAGACUUUUUUCCACAAAAAUAUAUCAUUGUGAGCACAGAGCAGAGUAAUUGUUCAAUUCAAGCAGUAUAUCGUAACAAUAUCGUAGUUACUUUAACUUAUAAGUAGAGAGAAUUUUGAUUUUAACAAGACUUUAGAUGUUCAUAGUCAAUGUACAGCCAUAUUAUACUGUAGUUCAUAUUAUUCGUUCCAUUUGUCGUAGAAUUUGAAUAAAAUGUAUUAGAAGAUCGA